AUGGAGCUCUUCAUACUGUUGAGUUUAUUUGUAUCAUUGUGUGCUGGUGGCCCAAAACCUAGUUCAGACUAUAUUCCAAUUAUACCCGGAGACAACAGUCAUUACGUAGAGGGAGUGAGCCGGUACGUGUGGAUACCAGAUGGAGACGAUGUUCCACAUCUAGUUGAUCUUCACGCGCCAACUGAAAAUUUUGACUCUAAAAGUGGUGCUCAAAACGAAUACUGGCUUUAUACUAGGCGUAAUCCCCAAAAUCACCAGCGUUUAAGACACAACGAUGCAAAUUCCGUACGAAACUCUAACUACAAUCCAAAUCUACCAACAGCUUUUAUUGCACACGGAUGGAACAGUGACGGAAAUUCCAAAGUGAACACCUAUGUCCGGGAUGCCCUUCUUCACAUUGGUGAAUACAAUGUCAUUGCUCUGGAUUGGCGAAGAGGUGCAAAUGGAUUGUAUUCAUCCAGUGUACGUGCGAUUCCUGAUACUGGUGAACACCUUGCUUUCUUUAUAAGCUGGUUGAUCUCGAGUUUUGGUGGUAAUUUAAACAACGUCCACCUUAUUGGCUACAGCUUGGGAGCUCAUGUCGUUGGGAAUGCUGGUCGUACACUCGGCAGACGCGUGGCGCGUAUUUCUGGUCUGGACCCGGCUGGACCUCAAUUUGGUAGAAACCCGCAAGCCUUAAACUCACAAGACGCUACCUAUGUAGAGUGCAUACAUACUGACGGUGGUACGAUGGGUAUUUUUGACCCUAUAUGCCAGACCAACUUCUACCCUAAUGGCGGCAUCAACCCACAGCCUGGUUGUUGGAUUAACACAUGUUCUCACAGCCGCAGCUAUCAACUAUAUGCUGCAACUGUACGAUACGACCGCUUUAUCGGUAGACAAUGUGCAAAUCUUGAUGAAGCUCGCAGAAAUAGAUGUGGUGGUUCCCAGAUGCGUAUGGGCAACGCUAAUUUGAAUAAACGAGGAUUUGGACUGUACGGACUAUCGACUGGAGGCGAAUGGCCGUACUAA